UUGCGGAAUAGCGGCUAGCGCCGUCGAUAGUUAAGAGUUCAAAAGCAUUGCGAGUUAUAAAUGCGAGUUUUCGAAUAAGAGAGGAAUCGUUUUUUUUUAAAAAAAACAUUAAGAUUGAACUGUUUAAUCAAUCAGUAGACGGCUUGUAUAGCCGCGGAUAUGAUCGCCUAUGUCAAAUAUAAAUCAUACCGAAGAGCAGCAGUCUGAAAACAGACGUAGGAGACAUUCAGAGAACAACUAUUUGACUAAACGACAGAAAAGUGAUUCGAUAAUGAAUGAUACAAAGAGAACAAACUUAAAUGUAAAUAGUCCUAAUGGCAUGAAUAAAAGUGCUUCUUUAACGAAUAGUAAACCAGGAUCAGCAAAGAAACUUGUAAUCAGGAAUUUUGAUAAACCUACACUUCCCGAAGAUUACCAGCAACAAACAUGGCAGAAAUUACGAGAAGCUGUGAUAGCAAUCCAAACUUCACGUUCAAUAAGUACCUCACAAGAAGAACUGUAUCAAGCUGUUGAAAAUCUCUGUUCUCAUAAAAUGUCUGUACAAGUUCAUGAAAACUUACGACUUUUAUGUGAACAGCAUGUAAAAUCCAAUGUUAAUCAGUUUUUAGAAGCUUAUAUGGAUAGCUUAUCUUUCCUUAAAUUAAUGAAUGAAUGUUGGCAAGCCCACUGUCAACAAAUGAUUAUGAUUAGGAGUAUUUUCCUUUUUCUUGAUAGGACAUACGUUUUGCAAAAUGCUAGUAUAGUAUCUGUCUGGGAUAUGGGAUUAGACAUGUUCAGAAUACACAUCAUAAGCAAUCCUUUAGUACAGUCAAGGACAGUUGAUGGGCUUUUAAUGUUAAUUGAAAAAGAAAGAAAUGGGGAAACAGUGGAUAGGGGACUGUUAAAAAAUCUUUUAAGAAUGUUGUCUGAUUUACAGAUAUAUCAAGAAGCUUUUGAAAUACGCUUUCUCCAGUCUACAGAAGAAUUGUAUGCAGCUGAAGGACAAAGAUUGAUGCAAUCUUUUGAAGUACCUGCUUAUUUAAAGCAUGUUGAUAGAAGAUUAAAUGAAGAAUGGGAGAGACUUUUAUAUUAUUUAGAUCAUUCUACAAAGAAAUCUCUCAUUCAAUGUGUAGAAAAACAACUCUUAGGGGAGCAUCUUCUUACUAUUCUCCAAAAAGGUUUAGAUAAAUUGUUACAUGAAAAUAGGAUUCCAAAUUUAACUUUAAUGUACAGUUUAUUUUCUCGUGUGAGAGAAGGUCUUCAGGAAUUAUGUAUGCAUUUUAAUUUAUAUAUAAAGAAACAUGGCAGAGUUAUUGUUACAAAUCCUGAAAAAGAUAAAACUAUGGUUCAGGAACUUUUAGAUUUUAAAGAUCAGAUGGAUACAAUUGUUAAUUACUGUUUUCAAAGGAAUGAAAAAUUUGUGAAUUCAUUAAAAGAAGCUUUUGAACAUUUCAUUAAUCAAAGGCCAAAUAAACCUGCUGAAUUAAUAGCUAAAUUUGUUGACUCAAAAUUAAGAACUGGAAAUAAGGAAGCCACCGAAGAAGAAUUAGAAAGAUUAUUAGAUAAAAUUAUGGUUUUAUUUAGAUUUAUUCAUGGGAAAGAUGUUUUUGAAGCAUUUUACAAAAAAGAUCUUGCCAAAAGGCUCCUUGUCGGCAAAAGUGCUUCAGUAGAUGCAGAAAAAUCUAUGCUUUCUAAAUUAAAACAAGAAUGUGGAGCUGCUUUUACUAGCAAACUAGAAGGAAUGUUUAAAGAUAUGGAAUUAUCCAAAGAACUUAUGCUUGCUUUCAAACAAUAUUUACAAAAUAUAAAUCCUCCUGGAAGUAUCAAUAUGACAGUUAAUAUAUUGACAAUGGGCUAUUGGCCAACUUAUCAAGCAAUGGAAGUUCAUUUACCAGCAGAAAUGGUCCAAUAUCAAGAAAUAUUCAAAAGAUUUUAUUUAGGCAAACACAGUGGAAGGAAAUUGCAGUGGCAACCAAAUUUGGGACAUUGUGUAUUAAGAGCUGAUUUCUCUGCUGGAAACAAAGAACUUCAGGUAUCUUUAUUUCAAGCAUUGGUUCUUCUUAUGUUUAAUGAUGGAGAUGAAUUUGUUUUUGAAGAAAUUAAACAAGCUACUGCAAUAGAGGAUGGAGAAUUAAGGAGAACUCUUCAGUCCUUAGCAUGUGGUAAAGUGAGAGUAUUACAGAAGAAUCCAAGGGGGAAAGAUAUUGAAGAUGGAGACAAAUUUGUAUAUAAUAGUGAAUUUAAACAUAUAUGUUUUAGAAUAAAAAUAAAUCAAAUUCAAAUGAAAGAAACUCAAGAAGAGCAAACUGCUACUCAAGAGCGUGUUUUUCAAGAUAGGCAGUAUCAAAUUGAUGCUGCCAUUGUACGGAUUAUGAAAAUGCGUAAAGCUCUUACACACAAUUUGCUAAUUACAGAACUUUAUGAUCAACUGAAGUUUCCUGUUAAGCCUGCAGAUUUAAAAAAGCGUAUCGAGAGCCUUAUUGAUCGGGACUAUUUGGAACGAGAUAAGGAUAACCCCAAUCAGUACCAUUAUGUUGCAUAACAAAUUUAUUUUCAAUUAGUUCUAGUGUGUGUUGUUGGGGCCUAAAAGAGACAUCUAGUUUUCAGAUAUAUUUACUUCCUUUCUCUAUACCUCUGAUGGAAUUAGUGGUGGAUCAAGGGAAAGAAAAGAGACUUAAAUCAUUCUGUUUUUGGCCCUGGAACAUUUUGGACACUAAAAGUGGGAUUACUAAACAGACAUUUUCUAUUAUUGCCAUCUGGCAAAAUAGACUGACCAAGAUUUAAUCAUGCUUGGCAUUAUCAACUAUUGUGACACUUUGUAUUUGAAUUGUUUCCUAAAUCCUUCACUUUGUCACAAUUUAAAGACAUAUGAUGAUGUAAGUACUUAAAUAAAAGCAAAUAAUUAAUGUG